AUGAAACCUUCUCCACAUGGAGACGAAUACGUCAAUCGAAAGAGCUUCCCAUCUAUAAACGUGCAGGCGACGUGUGACAACAGUGAAGUGUUUACGAGUGUUGAUGCUUCAUGGCCAGGGUCUGUAUAUGACGCUAGGAUGUGGAGAAACGCCGAUGUCUAUCGUAUAUUGCGUGAGAACCAGUGCAACGCCCUAAUUUUAGGAGACGAAGGAUAUGGCAUUGCACCGUGGUUAAUGACACCAUUUCAAAAUCCAGAAACACCUGAUGAGAGGGCAUACAACAGACUUCACUCUAAGGAAAGGGUGAUAAUCGAACGGUGCUUUGGACAGGUGAAAAGGCGUUUCCCAAUUCUACAAAAUAAAAUAAGGCUUGCCCAAACCAAAAUCCCCAGUGUGAUAGUAGCCUGUUUUGUUUUGCACAACGUAGCAAAACAUGUAGGGGAUGAGGAUUUUGAGGCACCUAGUGAUGACGACAACAAUCUUCCAGUACUGGGAGAAGAGGAAGCAGCAAACGUACAUGUACGUGGAACAAAUAGGAGAUGGGAAAUUGUAAAUGUAAUACGACAACUGUAA